AUGGCACCUUCAUUGGGGCGAAUGGCCCCCAAAAUCUCAUUUGCUCCAGAAUCUUCUGUUUAUGCCGAAUGGAAUGAUCUUGUGGUUGAAGACAAUAAUAAUGCAUUGAUUAUGGAGCAAUUGCGAUAUGACAAAGAAGUUAUGUGUGUUAAACAUGAAAAAUUAUAUUCAAGAUCACUUGUCAAUAGAGAUGUAUUUUUUCUAUACGGUCAUAGUGGGAUUAGAAAAAUUUUCAUAUGGCAGACAUUGUGUGCUUCUAUUUGUUCAAGGGGAUAUAUUAUGGUUCAAAUAGUUGCUUCAAGUAGUAUUGCAUCUUUUCAAUGUUCAAUGGGAGAAACUGCUCAAUUUAGAUUAGGUAUACCUUUGGCUAUCACUAAAGAUUCUAUGAGUUGA